UAACAAACCACUCGGUGAAUAAAAUCUCAAGAAUUAAAUUGUUAUUAUAGGACCUUUGAAUGAACAUCUGAAUGAAUUCCAUUUCCACGUGUUUUCGUCGUCCAGAACCUAUGAAGUAGGAUCUGUAACUUAAUUGCAUGCCUACUUCUUGGGAGAGGAAGCUACGCAUGCCUAGCUCUUUUUCGGAUAUUUGAUUUAUUUUCAUUUGGUGGUGGUUUUUGCAUAGAUGCACUUUUAGAAAUGUGGAGGGGCCCUGGAACUCCAGCUGAUUCCUUCUACGAGGUCCGUCCUGAAUGCACAGAUGUUCCCAAGACCAAGUUUAGAAUCAAGGUGGGGAAAACGCUAAGUCCAAGGAAAUGGCAUGCUACAUUUAGUCAGGAAGGUUAUCUAGAUAUUGGCAAAACACUUAGCCGAAUUCAUCGCGGGGGAAUACAUCCUUCAAUUAGAGGUGAAGUUUGGGAAUUUUUACUGGGUUGCUUUGAUCCAAAAAGCUCAUAUGCAGAACGAAAUGAGAUAAGGGAUCAUAGAAGGGCACAGUAUGGUGUACUGAAAGAAGAAUGCCACCAAAUCUUUUCCUUGAUAGGAAGUGGCAAAUUUGUAACUGCGCCUAUAAUCACGGAGAAUGGUGACCCUAUUCUAGAUCCAAUAGUACUUCAGCAAACUGGGAAUAGCGAUCCAAACAAUUCAGAUAUGGUGAAGGAAACCGAUCCAAGAAUAAUUCAAUGGAAACUGACAUUGCACCAGAUAGGUCUGGAUGUGGUUCGGACUGACAGGACACUAGUGUUUUAUGAGAAACAAGAGAACCUUGCAAAACUUUGGGACAUUCUGGCUGUUUAUGCCUGGUUUGAUAGAGAUGUUGGUUAUUGUCAAGGAAUGAGUGACCUUUGCUCCCCCAUGAUAAUUCUCCUCGACAAUGAAGGAGAUGCAUUUUGGUGCUUUCAACACUUAAUGCGCAGACUGCGAGGGAAUUUCAGAUGCACGGAUAAAUCUGUUGGAGUAGAAACACAACUUACUAAUCUGGCUUCUGUCACCCAAAUUAUUGAUCCUAAACUCCAUCAGCACUUAGAGACAUUGGGUGGAGGUGAUUACCUCUUUGCUUUUAGAAUGCUUAUGGUAUUAUUCCGUCGAGAAUUUUCUUUUGGAGACUCACUGUAUCUAUGGGAGAUGAUGUGGGCUUUGGAGUAUGACCCUAAUUUGUUUUUGUCAUAUGAAGACCCCGACUCUUCUACAGAAAUAUCUGAAGGCUCUAAAGGGAAACCAAAGGCAAUUUACCAAUGUGGAAAAUAUGAGAGAGAGUACCUAAAAAAUGCUGGAAAAAGUAAAGAACCUCCCCUCCCUAUAUCAGUGUUCCUUGUAGCGAAUGUGCUCAAAGAGAAAAGUCCCAAGUUGUUGAGCGAAGCUCGAGGACUGGAUGAUGUUGUCAAGAUAUUAAAUGACGUAACGGGCAACUUAGAUGCCAGAAAGGCAUGCACUGGUGCUUUGAAACUUCAUAAGAAGUACCUAAAGAAGGCUGCUGCUAAGAAAGUGUGAAAAAAAGAGGAACUCUUGGAUCUCCAGAUUACGGAGUGGAUUUUGGCAUCCCCAACAUUCUUUAUGUGACUUUUUAUUUGGUGAGUUAUAUGUCCAAUAGUCAUUGGACACUUGAUCUGUACACUUCUUUUUU